AAUCCCUGAAGGUCUAAGGCAGGGGACAAAGACGUUCAGAUGGCAGAAAACAGUCUUUCAGAUGGAAGCCCUGCAGAUUCUGUGGAAGCUGCUAAAAAUGCCAGUAAUACAGAAAAGCUCACAGACCAGGUGAUGCAGAACCCACAAGUGCUGGCAGCUUUGCAGGAACGUCUUGACAACGUCUCUCACACUCCUUCUAGCUACAUAGAAACUUUACCCAAAGCUGUCAAAAGGAGAAUUAAUGCUCUGAAGCAGCUGCAGGUGAGGUGUGCGCAUAUAGAAGCCAAGUUCUACGAGGAAGUUCACGACCUGGAGAGGAAGUAUGCAGCCUUGUACCAGCCUCUGUUUGACAAGAGAAGAGAAUUCAUCACUGGUGAUGUGGAGCCCACAGAUGCGGAGUCAGCGUGGCACAGUGAGAAUGAGGAAGAAGACAAGUUGGCUGGAGAUAUGAAGAAUAAAGUAGUUAUAGCUGAGAAAGAAGCAGCAACAGCAGAAGAGCUGAACCCCAAAGGCAUCCCUGAGUUCUGGUUCACCAUCUUCAGAAACGUAGAUAUGCUUAGCGAGCUGGUGCAGGAAUAUGAUGAACCGAUCUUGAAACAUCUGCAAGAUAUUAAAGUGAAGUUUUCAGACCCUGGACAGCCUAUGUCUUUUGUGCUAGAGUUUCACUUUGAACCCAACGACUACUUCACCAAUCCUGUCCUGACGAAAACAUACAAGAUGAAAUCAGAACCAGACAAGGCUGACCCGUUUUCUUUUGAAGGUCCUGAAAUUGUGGACUGUGAUGGGUGUACAAUUGACUGGAAGAAGGGAAAAAAUGUCACAGUCAAAACCAUCAAGAAAAAGCAGAAGCACAAGGGUCGGGGCACCGUGCGAACCAUCACCAAGCAAGUGCCCAAUGAGUCCUUCUUCAACUUCUUCAGCCCCCUGAAAGCCUCUGGAGAUGGAGAAUCUUUGGAUGAAGAUUCCGAGUUCACCUUAGCCUCUGACUUUGAAAUUGGGCACUUUUUCCGUGAGCGAAUCGUGCCACGGGCUGUCCUCUACUUCACUGGGGAGGCCAUAGAGGAUGAUGACAAUUUUGAAGAAGGAGAGGAGGGAGAAGAGGAGGAAUUGGAAGGUGACGAGGAGGCAGAAGAUGAGGAUGAUGCUGAUGUUAACCCCAAGAAAGAACCCAGCCAGCCAGCGGAGUGCAAGCAGCAGUGAGAAGCAGCGACCCUGAGGGGCUGCCUUGUGGACGGCUGUCAGGACCCCAGGCUGCAGGCAGGGGCCUCAGUCCCUGCCAAAGCAGAAUUUUGACAGUGCUGUGACAUCUAACCAUUUCCAAGUGCAUGAUUCCUCUCCCCCUUCCCUUCUUACUUUGCUUAACUUGUACAGUGGAGGCUGGGCUGCAGUUCAGGAUAGAAGAUUUAGUUGUAGCACCUGCUGCCUUGGUGCCUGAAAACCACGUAGGGGGCGCUGGGGUUGUGUCUGGCAUUGGCAGAGCCUGGUGAUUUUGUGCACACAGCCCUCCCCUACUGAAGAGGCCCCAUGGUUUCCAGCUACUGAUCUUCAUGGGAAGUUGCUCCAGCUGGGUGACCCUAGUCAUCUCCCAAGCACUGUAGAGG